AUGAAUUUAGAAUACAAACAGAAGAAUCCAAAGAACAAAAGAGGAACUGGUCUUAAACACACAGCAGAUAUUGCUAAAAGAGAAGUAGAAGCACAAAACAGGUUAAUAAGCAAGAAGAAGGUUGCAUUAGAAAAUGCUUUAAAGUGUCCACCAGCACUAAACCAGUUCAGACAGAAGAUGCCAGAAGACAUAAAAGAGAAGAUCAAAGAGAUCUUCUUAAGGUAUAAGCCAGAGAAUGAGGAAGAGAAGAAAGAGAGAAUAUCUUCAGAUAGUAAUAAGACCAGUAAGAAGUCAGUUAUAUUCGGUAUAAGACAGAUAGUCAAGUCAAUUGAAAGGAAGAAGGCUAAGCUGGUCUUAAUAGCGAAUGAUGUUGAUCCUAUUGUAGUUGUACUAUUCUUACCAUCACUCUGCAAGAAGAUGGGAGUUAGUUAUGCCAUAUACGGGAGCAAGAGUGAAUUAGGUGCUUUUGUUGGUAGGAAGAAUGCUGCCUGUGUGGCAAUUGAGGAUGUCCCUGGGGUAGAAGAGGUGUGCACUGACGUAAAUGAAAUAUUCUCUGAUAAUUAUGCUGAGAACAUGAAGAAGUGGGGCAAGCCAGUGAGUAAGUAA